UAGACAGUCACACACUCAAAAUGAUUCUUGAUAAGGUGAUGAAUGUGAAGAGGAAGUCCGAGUAUAAUGUGAAAAUACCAAGUGACAGAAAUCAGACUUUCCAUCUUGAAGGCAUUUGCAGCCUGCCUAGUGGUCAGGUCAUUGUUGCAGAUCACAGUAAUAAGAAGGUGAAACUGUUGGACAAAAGUUACAAUGUGUCCGGUCACUGUGAUGUGUCUGGUCAUCCAUCUGACAUUUGCCAAAUCACAUCCAGUGAGGUGGCUGUAACUCUUUAUGGUGAGGGUGUGCAGUUCAUAUCUGUGAGCAAUGGUCAGCUGGUGAAUGGGAGGAAGUUUAAGUUACCCCUUGUAGCUACUGGCAUUGCCCAUCACCUGGGAGCAUUGUAUAUCACCUCUGGCACUGCUCUCUACCACUACAAUAUGACUGGGACACUUGUGAAAAAGCUGUAUGAGGAUACAGGAGGUGCUUGUGCAGUGUUCAAAUGUGCAGUAAGUCCUGAUGGUGAACGGAUCUUUGUCACAAACCACACAAACCACAAGCUCCUCACACUGGCCAAAGACGGAGCCGUAUUGUCGACUUUUACUGACUCUGAUCUACAGCAGCCACAUUGUCUACAUGUCACACCUGCAGGACAGGUCCUUGUUUGCGCGGCCAGCUCCAAUACUGUGAUACAGGUGGAUCAUGAGGGAAGAAAGAAGCUGGCGACUCUUGCUUCAAAUAAAGAUGGAGUGAGAGGACCAUUGUCCGUCUGCUACACUACCAACACUGACCAGAUCAUUGUGGGACAAAAUAAUAACAAUAAAAUCAUUGUUAUGGAAUUGCAAUAGAUCUAUUAGGGAAAAGAGAACAUUGAUAAAAACAAUAUUAAGAAGUAAUAUCUCCAUAUUUUUCUGAGAAUGGUUCAUUAAGUCAUGGCAGUUAAUACCUAGGUAAUAAGAAGAGCAUAUUCAUAGAGUUUAUCUUUCAUAAUUAACAAUUUAUUAAACUUCCUUUGAAAAUCAGAUAUUUUAAUGCGCCUAAGAUAGCACCAUUUCAAACAAGCAUGUACGACAACUAUCUAUGUUGAUGCUGAUAAGUAAUUUUGUCUGGCUUCAUGUCAGGUGUUGUUUGUCACAAAACAAUUGCUAUAAUUACUGUAACAAAUUAUGUGUUUUAUGAUAAUAAAUUUUUUAGAUGUAUUAAUAUUUAAGUGUUUGUGCCAUUUUCGUAUGUGCGCCUUUCAUAGCCUAUUGAAGUCAUUAUACUUCAAAGCUAAUGUUUCAGAAGAACAAUAUUCUGAAAUUCAAUAAAAUGUCACAAUUAGCUGGACACAUUUCUUGACAAUUAAAUAACAUCAGGCUUACAUUUUUAAUGUACUAGUGCAUCAAAAUAUUGAGGUUUAGGUGUAACUGUGAUGUUAGGCUGAUUACAGCUCCUGUUUAAAUUGCUCUUUAAAAUAUGAAAUAGUGACAGAAAAUAGUACAGUUUGGUUCUAAACAUUAAGUAAUCAUGUCUGUAACACAUGGGAUGAAAUAGUUAUUUACAAAAAGUGGACAUUAGUAGUGAUAUUUAGUGAAAAAUAGUGUUCAUAUGUGUUAAAAAACUGGAUUUUAUAAGCACAUUGAGAAUACCCCUGGACACAGUGGACAUAUUGGACUUACAAAAUAACUGUACAGUUGAUAACCACUACCUGUGCAAUUGUGUGCCCUAAUUUAAACAAUGAUUGGAUUAAAUACUUCAUCUGAACUACAAUUUCUAAACAAUAUAACAAUACUUCAAUAUGAGUGCUAACGGUAAAUUGGACAAAGCUCAUCUAAAUUUCAAAGGACAAAAGCCUCAAACAAAACCAGCCACCAAGAAACAGCGUGCUGAUUCAAAUAACAGCAGUAACACAAGCAUGGAAGAGCUGACAAAUAUUCAUACACAGCUAGAAGCUAUGACAGAUGGAAUAAGUGAAUUGAAUGAGGAUCUCAAAAGAAUGUUAAAAGGGGAAGAAAUAGAAGAACUGAUAAAAAACAUUAUUUCCACAAUAAUGAAAACGAAAGAACAGAACAAAUACAUUUAAAGAACAAAUAGCAGGCCUUGAAUUCGAAAAUGGACAGCUAAAACAAAAGAUUGAUGAGCUUGAGAGCAGUACCACAAAAUCAACAAGGGCUGUUUGUAAAACAUGCAUGCCCCCAAUAUGGGCUGUCAGUUGUAGUGGCAGCCAUUGUGUGAAUACGUUUUUUGGCACUGUGACCUUGACCUUUGACCUAGUGACCUGAAAAUCAAUAGGGGUCAUCUGCGAGUCAUGAUCAAUGUACCUAUAAAGUUUCAUGAUCCUAGGCGUAAGCUUUCUUGAGUUAUCAUGCAGAAACCAUUUUUUCUAUGUUGAGUCACCGUGACCUUGACCUUUGACCUAGUGACCUGAAAAUCAAUAGGGGUCAUUUGCGAGUCAUGAUCAAUGUACCUAUGAAGUUUUAUGAUCCUAGGCAUGAGCGUUCUUGAGUUAUCAUCCGGAAACCAUUUUACUAUUUCGGGUCACCGUGACCUUGACCUUUGACCUAGUGACCUCAAAAUCAAUAGGGGUCAUUUGCGAGUCAUGAUCAAUGUACCUAUGAAGUUUCAUGAUCCUAGGCAUGAGCGUUCUUGAGUUAUCAUCCGGAAACCAUUUUACUAUUUUGGGUCACCGUGACCUUGACCUUUGACCUAGUGACCUGAAAAUCAAUAGGGUUCAUCUUCCAGCCAUUAUCAAUCUACCUACGAAGUUUUAUGAUCCUAGGCAUAAGCGCUCUUGAGUUAUCAUCCGAAAACCAUUUUACUAUUUCGGGUCACUGUGACCUUGACCUUUGACCUAGUGACCUGAAAAUCAAUAGGGGUCAUCUGCGAGUCAUGAUCAAUCUACCUAUCAAGUUUCAUGAUCCUAGGCCUAAGCGUUCUUGAGUUAUCAUCCGGAAACCAUUUUACUAUUUCGAAUCACUGUGACCUUGACCUUUGACCUAGUGACCUGAAAAUCAAUAGGGGUCAUCUGCGAGUCAUGAUCAAUCUACCUAUCAAGUUUCAUGAUCCUAGGCCUAAGCGUUCUUGAGUAAUCAUCUGGAAACCAUUUUACUAUUUCGGGUCACCGUGACCUUGACCUUUGACCUAGUGACCUCAAAAUCAAUAGGGGUCAUCUGCGAGUCAUGAUCAAUGUACCUAUGAAGUUUCAUGAUCCUAGGCACAAGCGUUCUUGAGUUAUCAUCCGGAAACCACCUGGUGGACGGACCGACCUACCGACAUGUGCAAAGCAAUAUACCCCCUCUUCUUCGAAGGGGGGCAUAAUAACUGAGCUGGAAGCAAAAGUCAGAAAAACGUAUGACACAAGCAGAGAAGCUCUUAAGCUAGCAAAUUACAAUGAACAGUAUUCCAGAAAAAACAACGUUAAAAUAAUGAACAUCACAGAAUCACCUGACGAAUCAGAAACCAGUCUAAGGCAAACUGUAUAUAACAUCCUAAGGACAACAGCAGAUGUUGAACUAAAGCCAGAGGAUAUAAUCGCAAUACACCGCAUUCUUACCAAGAAGGGUGCAAUUCGACCAAUCGUAAUUAAGCUGCGAAAGAACAACGCAAAAUCAUCCAUUAUGAAAAAACAAACACCGAUGAAAACGAAAGGAUUCAGGCUAGUAGAUGAUGUCACGAAGCGCAAUCAAGGACUGAUUAGUAGGCUACUUCUACACCCUGAUAUAAAGAACGCCUUGUUCUUUAACGGAUUGGUUUUCAGACAAACCACAUCCGAUGAACGGAUAAAGUUUGACAUUUUUGACAAUGUAGACAACACAAUAAGUGAUUUCCGAAACAGCAACAGGAAACUCAAGACGGGAGGCAGUAUGUAGUGUGGUGACAACAAGAGCAACUCUAAUACAAACUGUGGAAAUUAUUUUUUGUGCAUAUUUCAAUCGGUAUGUUACACACAGUCACUAUUCAAGUUGUACUAUAUAAUCUCCUUUCAAAUAUUAAUCACAAUGAUUUGUCUUUAAUCAAAAAACAAAUUAGUUGCCGUUUGGUAUAUACAAAUACUAUGGGAUUAAGCUGUACACAAAUUUGUAAAAUAACAUUUCAUUAAAAUAGCUUAUAAUAUUACAUAUGUCUGUCAACUUAGCUGUUGCAUAUUUCUACUGAUUUAAUAAUCCUUAUGUAGACAAUAUUUAAUUAUAUCACAUGCCAUAAUGUGAUCAAUGUAGUUGCUCGAUUUAAACUGAUUUGAUAUUACCUCAACUCUAAUAUUUCGUUAAAUCACUGGCUGAUGUUAACUUUUUUAAUGCAUGUUAUGUUUAAGCUCUAAAAUGAAAUUUUAUAUGUACCAAUUAAAAAGAUCUAAUUACACACACUUUUAAAUAACAAUCCAAUAGCUUGAAUAUUUUACUAAUUUUAUAUUCUACUCUUAUUCAUUUCUCGGCUAUCCAAACAUGUUAAAAGACCUGUCUUUUUUCGUGGAACAGUCAGUGUUAUUACCAGUAAAUGUACUUUUAAUACAUAGACCUGUGAUCUUUAUGUAAAGGUCACUCUUUAUAUAAACACACAUGAUUUUCUAAAGCUUCUCAUGGUCUCCGUGAAUAACUGUACUCAGCAGUUUAACAGAGAGUGGACAUGACAUACUUGAGUAACUAUUCAGAAAAGACUGAUUGUAGAUAAUUAACUGAUCAGUAUUUUAUUGAAUAUUUAAAUUUAGAAUGGCAUUUUUUCACUGUUAGGAAAUGUGAGCCAGGUAUAAUAAGUAUCACUCAUUCUGAAUCAUAAAAUACAUGCUCAACUCUUUCAUAUAGACUAUUUUUUACGAGCUAAAAUUAAGUAUAUAUAUUUUUAUUUCGGUUGAUAAAAUACACUCAAGUCGUUGUAUUUUGCUUGUUUCUGCAAGUCAAAAUCAAUUGUACGUAUUUAUCUGUCUCAAAAAAUCGCUGCUCUUGUUUUAUACGGCUCAUUUGUACAUUUUGUUUGCUUUUAAAUUGAUUAAUGGAGUGCUUCUAUAUAACCUCAGCUGUUAAAGGAAUGGUAGAAAGUGUUUAUUUUUUUGUGUUUAAUAAUUUUUUGUACCAAUAUUUGCAUCUGCUGUUAUACAAUAGCCUCUGAUAGUAAAAUUGUUUAAAAGCCUUAUGAAUAAAAUUUCCUAUAGGCAGACAAGUGAUUAUGAUUACUACUACACUUGCUUAUGUUUAUAUUUUAUACUUACUCGUGCGUGACCACUCAUAUGGGUGGAUUGUAACAUUUGGAAUGCAAAAGUGCUGGCCGCUGGCCGGAGAAACGGGGUUACCGCUAAAGAGGGAUGCAUUAUAUAGUGUUUAUCGACGGUCGCGGCACAGACCGACCCCCUACACGGGGCGACCGGCGAUGAGGGGUGACCGGAAGUAGGGGUUGGACUGUAUUUCAAUUUUACAUCUUGAAUAGCUUAGCAACCAGACCGUAUUGUCUAAAAUGAAGGGCAAUUUAUCAUACUAUUUGACCUACUGUUGUGUUUUUGUUUAGAUUGUAUGUUUAAUGUUCUUGUUACAUUGUAUGUUUGUGUUAAAUUUUCAAUGCCCGUUUGUUUGUUUGGAUGAAUAUAUAAUGAAUUGUAUAUUGACUGCAGUAGAUGAGAAUGCUAUUUUAUAUAUAUGGUGUUGUGGUCUGAAUGAUGUUUCUAAAAGUCUUAAAGUCACUAUCACGCUCACCAAUACAUACGGCUACUGUAUUAUGCUAUAUAAAAACAUUCGACAACAAGUAGUACCAUACGAUGGUUAAUUACAAUAGGAAGACCCUAAAAACAAGUAACAUUGAUGUAAAAACGUUAUAUUACAAGUAUUCGGCAAGUUUUAAGCAUCUCAAUAUCUAAAUAUCGUUCCACGAUGUAAUCUACUUUCGCUUUCGAGUCAGGAUCGGAUUCAUUCGGGUUGCGUUCAUUUGCAUAAUUUAUACAAGCCAUUUUCGCAUUCGCUAAGUUCCAGUUACCCAGAAUUCAUUUUGAUUUCACAGAAUGAUUAUUCAUUAGAGCUACGUCAUGCUUCCGACGCUUACCGUAUCCAAUCUCGUGUUUGCCCGUAAAUGUUCGGAUAUUUCACGGGAGAUAUAAAUGGAAUUAUUUGUGGCCACAAAAAAAUAAAAACGAGCAUUUUGUAUCUCGUUAAAUCAAUUCUACCAGACAACAUCUAACGUUGAAAUUUUGCAUUUUGCUAAAAGGAACAUUGAUUUUUUUAUGGGUUAGCUUUAUUUAACGAAAUAUUCGAUAUUUUUGAGCGUGAUUGUUACUUUAAUGCCCAUAUAUAUUGUUUGCAAGAUUGUCAUUUUAUUUCUUCAAUGGAAAAACAUAUUUACUCACAAUGGGGUGGUUAAUGCUAUUUUAGUUUCGGCACUUCUAAUUCAAGAGGAGUAUGUAUUUUAUUUAAUAAAUGUUUAA